UUGGGAAAGUUCACGUGCACCUCUCUUCACCUUUAAAAUCAAGGGGGAUCUAGCGCCUCCUUUUUCUGCUUUGCCCCCCAAAAAAUGAACACAACCCAAAUCUUAAGUGAGCAAAGUAGCGCUUACACCCCAACCUUCCACUUAACCCACAGACCUCGAGCAGGAAGCAGAGGAGACGUUUGCUCUGCAUUCGCUUUAAGGCCAAAGAACACAGCAUUUGUAACGCGGCCUGCUGCGUCCAUACUGAGCCCAGGGAGGCUUGGGAAGUUAGAGUUGAGUUCUUUCUUCUCCUUCCGGGAGCCUUGGGAACGAUCACUUCCCCUUUUCCUGGGAGGAAAAAAGAAAACCAAACGACCCAGGCAGCAUAAGCAUGCGGCCCACCCUCGCGUGCUGGAAGCCAGGGCCGCUGCUGCUCGCGCUCCUGGCCAUGGAGGUGAACAAAUCCUGGCAGACAGAAGAAAAAACCUGCGACUUAGUUGGCGAAAAAGAGAAAGAAUCCCAGAAGGAGCUGGCCUUGCUCAAGAGACUGGACCCGCUGUUCAAUAAAAGCUUCGAGAGCACGGUGGGCCAGGGCGCAGACUCGUACCUCUACAUCUUCCGUGUGUGCCGCGAAGCCGGCAACCACACCUCGGGAGCCGGCCUGGUGCAGAUCAACAAAAGUACCGGGAAGGAGACGGUGGUGGGCAGGCUCAACGAGACACAGAUCUUCAACGGAAGUAACUGGAUCAUGCUGAUUUACAAGGGCGGGGACGAGUAUGACAACCACUGCGGCCGUGAGCAGCGCAGGGCCGUGGUCAUGAUCUCCUGCAACCGCCACACCCUCGCCGACAAUUUCACCCCGGUGUCUGAGGAGCGGGGCAAAGUGCAAGAUUGCUUCUACCUCUUCGAGAUGGACAGCAGGCUGGCGUGCGCCCCCGAGGCCUCCCACCUCAGCGUGGGCUCCAUCCUGCUGCUCACGUUCGCGUCCCUGGCGGCCGUCUACGUCACCGGGGGGUUCCUGUACCGCCGCCUGGUGGUGGGCGCCAAGGGCAUGGAGCAGCUCCCGCACCUGGCCUUCUGGCAGGACCUGGGCAACCUGGUGGCAGACGGCUGCGACUUCGUGUGCCGCUCCAAACCCCGCACGGUGCCCGCCGCCUACCGCGGCGUGGGCGACGACCAGCUCGGGGAGGAGUCGGAGGAGCGGGACGACCACCUGCUGCCCAUGUGAGCCGCGGGGCCCGGACCGGACUCCUGGG